UUAAGUGGCGCGCCGCACCGUACGUACCAUGUACCACUGGACGAAAUCAUUCUGCUUUGCACGUCCUGACGAGAGCCCCUAGCCGGUGUAUGCACAUGUAUGUUUGUGUGUUAUUUACCGUCACCUGUUUGUUGAGCUGUAGGGCCACAUUUCCAGAAUGCCUGCCUUACUUGACAGUUGCGAGGAGCUGUUUGGUACACGAGAUCUUUAUGAAAUUCUAGCUGUUGGGAAAAGUGCGUCUUCCAAGGAAGUGAAACGAGGAUACUACAAGUUGUCAUUGAAGGUCCAUCCAGACCGAGUUAGCAGCGAUGCUAAGGAAGAUGCAACUAAGAAGUUCCAGGCUCUUGGUAGAAUCUACCGCGUCCUGAGCGAUACAAAUCUCAAAGCGCUCUAUGAUGAAACAGGGGAAGUGGAUGAUGAAAUUGAUACCGAAAAGUGCAAGGAUUGGGCAGACUACUGGCGAAUUCUCUUCAAGAAGGUCUCUGUCAACGAUAUCCGGGAGUUUGAAAAGAAGUAUCAAGGUUCCUCUGAAGAACUGGAGGAUCUGAAGGCUUCGUACUUGGAGUGUGAAGGAGACAUGGAACAAAUCCUAGAAAACGUCCUGUGCUGUACCCACGAAGACGAGCCUCGCUUUGCAGAAAUCCUCACCGAUCUCAUCAACAGGGGAGAGUUGCCAGAGUAUGAAGCAUUCAUGAAAGAGAGCAAGAAACAGAAAUCAAGUCGAAGGAAAAAAGCCAAGCGGGAGGCUGAAGAGGCGGAACGCCUCUCUAAAGAACUAGGUCUGGGAAAGGAAAAUGGCGACGAUGCGUUGACGGCCCUGAUCAAGCAGCGGCAGCAGUCUCGAGAGCAGCAAAUGGACAAUUUCAUGGCUGGAUUGGAGGCCAAGUACUGCAAUCCGCAGCCAAAGGGCAAGAAGGGUAAAGCAGCCAAGAAGAAAUGAGAGACUCGAAAAGAAAACAGUGAAUUUUGAUUUAAUGCCAUUAUUCUCUUUGGAUGGAAAAAGAGCAUAAUCAACAAGAUGGGAGGUCUAGCUCCCUGCAUCAUUUUUAUGACAUAAGGUACCUGUUUAUUUGCCCAUCUGUUUGUCAGUGUCAGUGCGCUGUCUUUGGAAAUAUCUACAGUCAUUUGCAAAAGUUUAAGACCACCUGGAAUUUUAGUGGUAUUUUUGUAGGUGGAUCUGCAUUACAUUGUCUCAUUGAAUGGUUACUUCAGUUAACAUGUUUUUACAGUGGUGCAUAACAUCAAUGUAGUGCU